AUGGGCCUGAAGACCACACAGUGGCCCAGCUAUGGGGCUUUUUUCCUGAAAUCUUGGCUUCUCAUUUCUCUGGGACUCUCCUCACAAGUGUCCAAACUCCUGGGGUGCCCCAGUGUGUGCCGCUGCGACAGGAACUUUGUCUACUGCAAUGAGCGAAGCUUGACCUCAGUGCCUCUUGGGAUCCCGGAGGGUACAACCAUCCUCUACCUCCAAAACAACCAAAUUAAUAACGCUGAGUUUCCUACAGAGCUACACAGCGUGCAGUCAGUGCACACGGUCUACCUUUACGGCAACCAGCUGGACGAGUUCCCCGUGAACCUCCCCAAGAAUGUUCGAGUUCUCCAUUUGCAGGAAAACGUCAUUCGGACCAUUUCACGGACAGCUCUUGCCCAGCUCUUGAAGCUUGAAGAACUAUACCUUGAUGACAACUUUUUAUCCACAGAGGGAGUAGAAACUGGGGCCUUCCGGGAGGCGAUUAGCCUCAAAUUGUUGUUCCUGUCCAAGAAUUAUCUGAACAGAGUACCCUUUGGGCUUCCUGUGAACUUGCAAGAGCUGAGAGUGGAUGAAAACCGAAUUGCUUUCGUAUCGGAUGUGGACUUUCAUUACCUCAGGAGGUUGGAGUGUCUGAUUUUGGAUGGGAACAACCUGACCAAUGAAGACAUUGCCAGGGGCAGCUUCAGCCAUCUCACCAAGCUCAAGGAAUUGUCAAUGGUAAGGAAUUCGCUCUCCCACCCCCCAUCUGACCUCCCAGGUACGCAUCUGCUCCGGCUGUAUCUGCAGGACAACCAGAUAAACCACAUCCCUUUGACGGCCUUCUCCAAUCUCCGUGAACUGGAACAGCUGGAUAUAUCCAACAACCAGCUGCGCGUGCUGACUCAAGGGGUCUUUGACAGUCUCUCCAACCUGAAACAGCUCACUGCUCAAAACAACCCUUGGUUUUGUGACUGUGGUAUUAAAUGGGUCACAGAAUGGCUCAGAUAUAUUCCUUCAUCUCUCAGUGUCUUCGGUUUCAUGUGCCAAGGCCCUGAGCAAGUCCGCGGGAUGGCUGUCACCGAGAUGAAUAUGAACUUUUGUCAUGUCUUUACCGAAACCACUAAUACAGCUUCUGACAGAGAAGUGGGGUAG